AUGACAGUCUUCGAGGCUCAGCAAUUCGAGGCACCAGAACCUGAGGAGGAUGACACCGCAACAAUAUUGAAUGGAAGCACUCUUUAUACGGGCAACAUAAGCUUGUGCAAUAAUGUUGCCAAUAGAGUUUUUCUGCCCUAUGUGGGAGACUGCAAAAAAUAUUAUCUCUGCUGGGAUGGCGAGGCCAUAGAAAAACAGUGCAAUAAGAACUAUGAGUUCAAUGCUCGCAACCAAAGUUGCAGCUUUCCAGAUAAAGCCAACUGUAUGCCCAAAUGUGAAUCCUACAAUCUAACGAGCUUCUGCUACGAUCGCACCUGCACCAAAUACGUGCUCUGCUAUUACGGCAUUCCAGUUCUGCGGGAAUGCCAAGACGGAUUGCAAUACAACGCGGAGACGGAUCGCUGCGAUUUCCCCCAACAUGUCGACUGUGUGGACAACGAGUGCAUGAGAUUGAGUGAUGCAACGGAGCUGUUGUACUUACCCAGCAAGGCGUCAUGCUCUCAAUAUUUCCUGUGUGCAAGAGGCGUGGCCGUUAAGUCCACCUGUGCAAAGGGAUUGUAUUUCAGUACCAGCUGCAAUUGCUGUGAUUAUCCCAAUCGGUCGACAUGCACGAUUCCAGCAUUGCAACGCAACAUUCAACCCUUUUCACGUAUGCCUCUGCGAAGUGCUGAUGUCAUCUGUCCACGUCAUGGAGCUCACUUCUACGCCCACAAGUCGAGGCGUGAUGCCUAUUACUAUUGCGUGGAGGGCCAUGGAGUUACCUUGGACUGUACGCCCGGCUUGUGGUAUGAUGCAAAUGUUCAAGAAUGCCGCGAGCCCGAAAAGAUAUUGAAGUCUUUGAAAUUUCUUUAUGGAUUGGCAUUAUUUGGCUUGUUCCAAUGCUCGGGAGCAAGAGUGAAUUUGAAGCUGACGCCACAGUCAGAGGAGAUUGUGGCACCUGAUCCAGAAGAAAAUGUCAUCAAGCCCGAUGGUCCUUUCUCCACCUUAGUCGUGAACGACAUAAAUCUUACGAAAUUAGCGCGUACAGAAAUGGACUCUAACUCGUUGAAACUCUUUCCAGACGGCAAGGUCGACCAUAUCGGCACCUGUUAUGAAGGAGAGCCCUUUGAAGAGCUCUGCAAAGGAAAUGCCACAGAUUGUCAUCUCGUUUUCGAUCAACAGUACCAGGUAUGCACCUACAGUGAUAUUGCCGAGGCCAAGUGCCUGCCCGAGUGUGAAGAAUACAAGCUUACGAGCUUCUGUUACGAUCGCACCUGCACCAAAUACGUGCUCUGCUAUUACGGCAUCCCGGUACUGAGGGAGUGCUACGACGGACUGCAGUACAAUGCGGAGACGGAUCGCUGCGAUUUCCCCGAAUAUGUGGACUGUGUGGCAAACGAUUGUCCUCAAGAGAUAUCGGUCUCGAACAUUCGCUAUCUGCCCAGCAAGGCGCAGUGCAACAAGUACUUCAUCUGCUCCAAUGGCAUGCCCUGGCCCCAGGAGUGCGCCAAUGGCUUAGCCUUCAACCCCGAAUGCAAUUGCUGUGAUUAUGCGAACAAGGUCGAAUGCAAGGAAACGGUGCAGCAGCGCAAUAUUCAGCCCUAUUCCCGCGUGCCGCCUCGACGCGCUGAUAUCAUCUGCCCGGACACUGGCGUUCACUUCUAUCCCCACAACUCGAGACGAGACUCAUACUACUACUGCGUGGAGGGACAGGGCAUCACCUUGGAUUGUACACCCGGCUUGUUAUACGACCCCAAGUUGCAUGAGUGCCGCGAUCCCAAAUACGUUCAGAUCUAAAUGUAAUGCCAAUUGGUUU